AUGUCUGCUUCAAUACUCAAGCGAGCGACUUGCUCAAUCGCUAGCAAGACAUACUCUCAUGGACGGAUAGCUGCUCUUCGGAAAACACCUUUCGCCUCUAAGCCAAUUUGUCAACGAUCAAUGCACACCACAGAAAAUGACAGUGCAAAACCAAUGAAUCCAGACCCCAGAGAGAAUCCUGCUCAUGAACUCACUUUAGCACGAGGGACAAAUGUCGGUCGCAAGCGUUUCUCAGAUUUUGAGCUCGCUGGAAAGGUCUUUAUCGUCACAGGCGGUGCUCAAGGUCUUGGAUUGACCUUAGCUGAGAGUCUUGUCGAAGCUGGCGGAAAAGGAUGGCAUGAAGCUCAAGCACGCGUCGUCCCAGAAUGGGGCGGAUCUCUACACUACUGCAAACAAGACGUAUCAGACGCCGAAGGUCUCGAUAGACUCAUCACCGCCAUCGCAGAUGAGAAUCAAGGUCUCGACGGCGCGAUAGCCGCUGCAGGCGUCCAGCAUAUUUCACCCACCGUGGAAUAUAAUGCAGAUGAAGUAGAACAAAUGCUCUCCAUCAACUACACGGGCGUUUUCAUGACGGCCAAAUCAGCCGCCAAGCAAAUGAUGAAGUACAAGAAACGCGGAAGCAUCUGUCUCAUCGCCAGUAUUUCCGGCCUCAAAGCGAACCGCGGUCUUGUUUCGCCCGUUUAUAACUCCAGCAAAGCAGCUGUUAUCCAACUUGCGCGCAAUCUUGCUAUGGAAUGGAGUCCUAUUCAGAAAGACGGCACUGGAGGGAUUCGCGUCAAUUGUAUUAGCCCUGGACAUAUCAUGACGCCCAUGGUGCAGAGCAACUUUGAGGAGGUGCCUGGCAUGCGGGAGGAGUGGGAGAGGGAGAUCAUCAUGGGGAGAUUGGCGGAGACGCAGGAGUUUAAGGGUGCGGCGUUGUUCUUGUUGAGCAAUGCUAGUAGUUACAUGACGGGGAAUAACCUUGUGAUUGAUGGAGGACAUACGUCGUGGUAA